AUGAGUAAUUCGUCGGAUAAUUUGGAAAUAGUGUCUCAUCCACCGGAUUGGAUAGAAAACGUCAUUAAGCCUAUACGCCAAAAAUUUCCGCAGGAUAAUUUUGAUGUAGUCCGUAUUAGGGGUGUUGAAAAUGAAUGCGACGCAUAUCGUAUUCAGUGCAACGUUUGCGUGCGACAGUUUGUCAUACGUAAAGGUCAAAUGAAUUUUGCGAAUCAUUUAAGAACGAAAAUACACUUAAACAAUAAGCGCAUAGCAGACAAGAAGAGCUCAAGUCUCGUUUCCGAAAGUAAUAUUGAGGGGACCAUGAACGAUUUAUCCGAACAAACACAAAUUUACAUAAUAAAAGAUAAAGAGAAUGAAAUUGGCGACUUGAAUGAGAAUCGUAAACGUCCGCGUUCUCCAUCAUUGAAAACCGAGUCAAGAGAUGUUAACGACCUAGCCAUUCAAGAUAAACGUCAAAAGCUGGCACCACUGGGGCACAUUAUUAAUUCUAAUUGGGAAUCUGAUGAUUUGAAUAGAACUAAUUCUUAUUUAGAUACCGUCUUAAUUCAAGAACCUGAAAGUUUGAACCGAAGUAGUUCAUAUAUGGAAACCGUAUUAAAUCCAUCACCAUCUCUUUCGCGAGAACAAAGUGGUAUCAUGGUCGACACUACAGAAUCAAAUACCAUUCCUUUCAACCGCACCGUAUCAUCAUUGUCAUCGUUAUGCGUCCCCUUUGAUAACUUCAGUAUUAACCAAGACUUCGAAUCGAAACAGCAACAACAACAGCAAUUAUAUAAUCCUGAUGGUUCAACGUCAAUGAUGCAGCUUGCAGGUCUUGAGAGCAUUCAGCCGGAAUAUGCUCCAUACCAACUCACGACUCUUCAGGAUAUGCAACCAGAUUAUGAUUACGCAACCUCACUUCUCCAACUUGCAGCCCAGGGUAUGCAAUCAGAAUAUGAGGCAUAUUCGACACCCGUGUCACAACUCUCAUCUCAAAGUUAUCACAAUGAAUAUGGAUUAGAUUCCACAUCGAUUCUGCAAGCUUUUGAACAAGAUGUACAACCGGAAUAUGAGAUAAAUUCAACAGAAAUUUUUCCGGGUUCUCAUUCAGAAUAUAUGACUAAUCCGGAAUCAUUGUCACAACUUGCAAAUUUUCAAACUGUAUCGUCUAACUAUGGAAUAGAUUCGUCAUCUGUCCUUCAGUGCGUGCAAUCUGGUCAUGAGUCAAAUUUAGGAUCAUCAGUUAUCGGUUCGGAAUUUGAUCAAAAUAUGAAAUCGGGGCACGAGAUCGACUUUUCAUCUCUAUCGCAAUUUAAUCGAGACAAUAUCAAGUCUGAAUACGGGGAUAAUAUAAUAACAUUUCCACAACCCACCCAGGAGGUGAAGUUCGAGCGCGAAUCAGACUUUGGUUCUUUUAAAUCUCUAGAUACCAUAAAAGACGAAGGAUCGGUGACUGAAACAGAUUCGGAAUGUGAGGUUAUCGAUUUAACCAAUGUAACUCAAGUUGAUCAAACUGGAGUAGUUAAAACAGAACCAGUUUCCAAUUUACCUCUGCAUGGCGGUUUUGUUUCGGCCCUAUCGGUUUCUCGUGAUCCGUUUCCUAAUUUUACCGACUCUCGUGAUCCGUUUCCCAACUUUACCGACGCUCGUGAAUCGUGGAACCGUGGUAGUUCAAAUAACUCUAGUGACAUUCACGAAUUAAUAAGAAUGAUACCGUUGGAAGAAGUCAAUGAAACUCCUCUUGAGGAAGCGAGUCGUAAGAUUAAUUCUCAAAAUGGGGCAGUUGAUGGUCUAAGAAUCAAAUUGAUGGAUCAUCAGAUAGUCGGGGUUUCAUGGAUGGUAGAUUGUGAGAAAAAGGAUAAUGACACAAAAGGCGGAAUACUGGCCGAUGACAUGGGACUUGGAAAGACCAUUCAGACGAUUGCGACGCUCGUGGUAAACAGAUCGAAGUCUAACAUAAAAUCAACGCUGAUAGUAGCACCCACAGCUCUCAUUCAUCAAUGGGAGGCCGAGAUCCUGGAUAAAACUGAGCCCGGAACGUUUAGGGUGCACGUGUACCAUGGGCCAGGUAAGGCAAACCUGCGGGAACUGAAGAAAUAUGAUAUUGUGAUCACGACGUACCAGACGCUCAUUCGUGAUCUUCCCGACGAUCCUGAAGAAGAUAAGGGUCCUAUGUUUCGAGUGACUUGGUUCAGGGUCGUGUUGGAUGAGGCUCAGAAUAUCAAAAAUCGUCUUUCGCGCAUCAGCAAAGGUUGUGCAGCUUUGAAUACGAUCCAUCGGUGGUGUUUGACAGGCACACCAAUCCAAAAUCAAAUCGACGAUUUAUACUCCUAUUUCCGUUUCCUUAGGGUCGUUCGUUAUUCAGAGUGGUCAGUGUUCCGUAAAGAAUUUGGAUCUACCAGUGAACGGGCUAUGAGAAAGAUCCAGGCAUUCCUUCGGGGAAUUUUGUUGCGUAGAACGAAAGAUUCCAAGAUAAACGGAAAACCUCUUUUGCAACUUCCUGAAAAAAGCGUUGACAUGGUAUGCAAUGAAUUCUCGCCAGAUGAACGACAGUUCUAUGACGCGCUCGAAAAACGAUCAAGAGUUAUAUUUAAUCGUUAUUUGAAAGCUGGAAGCGUUUUGAAAAAUUAUGCUUAUAUUCUCGUGUUGUUGCUCCGAUUGCGCCAAGCAUGUAAUCAUCCGUUUUUGACGCAGGUAGAUGUUGGAGAUGUGAUAUCCAUGCCUGACAAUCCGCAAACGGGUCCUUCAAAACCGAUGGAUCCCGAGCAGGAACUUGAACGCGCAAAACAAGUAUUAUCCGAUAAGAUAUACGAAAGACUAAUUGAGAAAUUCAUGGGAGAUAACCCUAACGAGGAUUGUCCUAUUUGCUAUGAUGUUAUUGAAAAGGGGAUGGUGACUGCGUGUGGUCAUAUAUUCUGUCUCGAUUGUAUUAAAAGCGUGUUUGAAGGUGAUAACCAGGCAAACGUUAUUGAUGUAGAAGAUCGUAAAUGUCCACUUUGUCGUAGUCCAAUCAAGGAAAACGAUUUAAUUGGAGUCAAUGCAUUUACACAACUUACACAACAAAAAAAUUCACCGGAGGAAGAAGAAGUCGAGCUCCCAACGCUUUCGGAACUACUUUCACAAAAUACCAAUCCUUCGGACGAUGGAGAAGAUUCCAAGGAGCCUCUCCCAAGUGGAAACGCAUUUGCCGGUGCAUCCGAAGGAACUUUCGUUCCUUCCACGAAGAUCGAACGACUUAUGCAUGAAUUGGCAUUAGGGCAACAGGAAGAUCCGGGCUGUAAAACCAUAGUAUUUUCCCAAUGGACUUCAAUGUUGGAUUUGAUUGAAGAACCUAUUCGUAAUGCUGGAUACAAGUUCUGUAGGUAUGAUGGCACCAUGGAUGCGAAAGAGCGCACCAAAGCAAUUCAAAAGUUGUCAAAUGAUCCCGAAAUUCUCAUCAUGCUAGUUUCACUGAAAGCCGGUGGUGUCGGACUUAAUCUUACCAAAGCUAACCGAGUUAUCAUGCUCGAUUGUUGGUGGAACCCUUCAAUCGAAGAUCAAGCAGUCGACCGUGUCCAUCGGAUUGGUCAACAAAAAAAUGUUGUUGUAAAACGGCUAACUAUCAAGGAAAGCAUUGAAGAUCGUAUAUUAGUGUUACAAGAAAAAAAGCGACAAUUGGCAGCUGGCGCAUUAGGAGAGGGGGAUUUGAGGGUUGGAAGGCUUACGUUGGAUGAUCUUAUCUAUCUUUUCCGUUGA